AUGGACAGCAGCAGGAAACGGAAGAUUGAGACGCGUGGGGAGGCAGCGAGCGCUCAGAUUGCGGAGGAAGAGCAGAAACGGAAGAUGCAGGCGAAGCUGGGGAGAGUGCACUGCAACUACUGCAAACGAGACGUCUCGGAUCAGAUGUACAUCAAGUCGGCGGUGUCGGACGACGUGGAUCUGUGCAUGGAAUGCUUCUCGGUCGGGGUGGAGAUUAACGACGUGGAGAAGACGGACGGCAAGAACCCGCACAGGAACGAUCACCCCUACCGGGUCAUGGAGCGGCUGGACUUCCCGCUCAUCACGGAGGACUGGACGGCGAGGGAGGAGGUGGCGUUGCUGGAAGGAAUCGAGACCUACGGUCUUGGCAACUGGGCAGAGGUUGCGCUUGUGGUGGGGACUAAGAAGAAGAUUGAGUGUGAGUUCCAUUACUACGCCAACUACAUCAACACCGGGAGCGGCAUUCCUGUCCCCGAUGUGUCCCGUGCUAUCAGCAAGACCAAAUUCAACGCAAAGCCGUCCAAAGAUGAUUACAGCGAGUGCAUAGAAGCAGCCGUAGCAGGUGCUGGGAAGAUCCCGGGGAAGUUCACAAAGUCGGAGUGGAAGAAGGCGAUGCUUGAGACGAAGAACAUCACGAGAGAAAGCAUCCGAUACUACGAGGGGAAACCUGCUGGAUCGGACAUAGUCGGCUACAUGCCGUCGAGAAACGACUUCGACGUGGAGUGGGACAAUGAUGCAGAGAUGCUGAUCUGCGAUUGUGUUUUUGAUGACAAGAAGGACACUGACCAAGACAGAGAAAUCAAGACCAAGGUUCUGGAGAUUUACAACUGGAAGCUCGAGGAGAGGGAGAGGAGGAAGAAAUUCAUCCUGGAAAGAGGCCUACUCGACCUCAAGAAGCAUCAGAGCCAAGAGAGGAGGAGGACGAAGGACGAAAGGGAACUGUAUGCUCAAAUGCGUGUGUUCGCUCGAUUCUGGUCCCAGGAGGAGCACGAGGAGUACAUGAAGGGGCUGGUCCUGGAGAAGCGAAUCAGGAAGCACAUCGAGCUCCUGCAGUCGUACAGGAAACUUGGCAUGCGUACUGAGGAGGAGGUGAACGAGUACGAGAAGAAGAAGAAAGAGCAGGAGGAGAAGCAAGGGAAACGAGGAAAGGUGUCGGACACCAUCUACUCCACGCACAAGACGGGCUCACAACGGAGGUCGAGGAACGACAACGACGAGGAGAACAACGAGUCGCUCGGCCCCCUCCUGCUCGGCUCCUCUAAGGAUAAGAAGCAGCUGGGCGCGUUUGAAAUCAAGCAAAUGCCUGGCGCUGAUUAUCUCUCGCUUAUCGAGAAGCAGCUCUGUAUCAGCCUCAGAAUGUCCCCCUGCGAAUACCUGGGCCUCAAGGACGCCUUCACUCGAGAGGGCGUUCGCAGCGGAUACGUCAGGAAGGAGAAGGCGAAGCAACUGCUGGCUGCGAGAUUCCCCGGCCUCGAUGCCAGCAAGGGACUUAAGUAA